GAGGGGUAUUUUGAGAAAUUAUAAUUUAUCACCUAUAACCCAAAAAAAAAAAAGGAGAAAAGGUAAGUUUAGCAAAAAGUUAACAGAAUCUUAAACCACACCGUAUACAAUUAUAAUUCAUCACAAUGGCAUAAACCCCUCUUCUGAUGCUCCGAAACCGAACACUUACAUUUCUGUGCAGUAAACUUGUUAAACCCUACUCAUUUCUUCCACCGUCGACUACGCCAACUACGACGGCGACAAUGACUUCCGCCGCCGUCGAUAAUCUUCCCGCCGAUUCUCAAACCUCCAUUAACAAAGCUCCAUUGAAGAGUGUCGAUGAACCUGAUGUCGGAAUCCUCUGCUACAUCUCUCAACUCCCUGGCUUUCGCGGCAUUCUCAAACAAAGGUAUUCGGAUUUCAUUGUGAAUGAAGUUGAUUUGGAUGGAAAUGUUGUGCAUUUAACUUCAUUGCAUGUUUCUCCUGAGUUGGCUGAAAACAAGGAAGAGAUUGUAGCUGAGCAAUCAGAUAAAAGUUACACUGAAGAAAUUGAGUCAUUUAGGUUGUUAGUGGGUGACGCGGAUGCCGAUCGCCUGAAAGAAAUGAUUGAGAAGAUUAAUGCUGGUGUUGAUCAUGAUAUUUCUCCUUUAGUUCUUUCUCCGAGUUCGGAUAAAGUUCACCGCACGGCGGUGCACAACUUCUUCAAGGAAAAGCUGAAAUUUCUUGUCACAGACACAAUAGAUGGUCCUAAAGAUUUAUCGAAAUGCAUUCGAGUGAGGCCUAAUUCAUCAGGAAAUCAAAAUAAAGGAAGAAAUUUCCGGAAGCGAAAAGAUAGGGAUGAGAAGCCAUUUGAUAAAAGAGGUUCUCAUGACUGGCCAGAGCAUCUUGGCAAGUUCCUCAGGUUUCAUCUUUACAAGGAGAACAAGGAUACUCAAGAGGUCUUGAGGUUGAUUGGCAAGAUGCUUGGUGUCCAGCCUAAAUCAUUUGGAUUUUCAGGCACCAAGGAUAAACGUUCUGUGUCCACUCAACAGGUAACUAUGUUCAAGCAGCGGGCUAGUAGAUUGGCUUCUCUCAAUGCGAAGUUGAUUGGUAUAAAACUUGGUGACUUCUGCUAUGUUAAAGAAGGGCUUCAGCUUGGGCAGCUUUUUGGCAAUAGAUUUACAAUAACAUUGAGAGGUGUUACUGCUGAUUCUGAAGACACUAUCAAAGCAUCUGCUGAUGCCUUAGGAAAGCAUGGAUUCAUUAACUAUUUUGGUCUACAGAGGUUUGGAAGUGGUUCAAUACCAACUCAUCUUAUUGGAGCUGCUUUACUUCGUGGAGAGUGGAAAGCUGCGAUUGAUAUGAUUCUUGAUCCUAGGGAGGGAGAAAGGGAAGCUGUGAGAAAGAUUCGGGAACAAUACAAGGAAAGCAACAAUGUUGAUGGAGCACUGAGGCGAUUGCCACAUCAUAUGGUUGCUGAGAGGUCUAUUCUGUUGUGUCUAAAGAAGUCCCCUGGGAAUUACCAGCAGGCACUGAAGGCUAUUCCUAGGACAAUGAGAAUGAUGUAUGUACACAGCUACCAAAGCUACUUAUGGAAUCAUGCAGCAAGUGUUAGAUUACAGAAGUAUGGAGCUGACAGUGUUGUUGUUGGAGAUCUUGUUUAUUGCAAAGAAGAUUGCAGCGAGUUCAUUACUGCCCCUAACGAGUGUGAGGAGGAUAUUAUUGAUGAGGCAGACAAUAUUAGCAAUCUAGAAGAGAUUGAAGUUGAUGUCCCUGAUGAAAAGAUUUUUCCAGUCAAAGCUGUAGACGAGGAAGAUUUGCUCAAACAAAAGUAUACAAUUGAUGAUGUUAUCCUUCCAUUGCCCGGUUCAAGGGUAAUGUAUCCAGCAAAUGCUGUUGCUGAUGUCUAUCAUGACCUGGCUAAGAAGGAUAAUAUCAGCUUGACAGAGAGUGUACACAAUGUCAAAGAAUUCUCAAUAACAAGUAUGAGUGGAGCUUAUAGACGUGUUUUCCAGAAACCAAUUGAUUUUGAGUGGGAAGUACUCAAGUAUUCGGAUGCUAGUACACCUUUGGCAGAUACAGAUUUGGACAUUCUUGCCAAGACUGAACCUGAAAUUAAGUUUCAAAAGGUGGAUAAAACCAAUGGAAGCAAUUCGUGUGAUGCACCAGAAAAAUGUAGAGAUGGAACUCCAGAUAACACUGAGUCAGAUGGUCCAAAUCAGGCCACACAGACAGCUCUCAAGCUCAGUUUUACCCUCCCAUCAUCUUGCUACGCAACAAUGGCUAUAAGGGAGCUCCUCAAAACAUCAACAUCUGUUGCAUUUCAUAAAACAUUGAACGACCAAGUGUAGCUGCAUGAAGGAACACAUGUCUGAUUCAAUUAUAUGAGGUGGAAUAUGCGCAGAGGCAGAGAGCUGGACUGUGAGCUGAGAUAUGAAUGUUUCUUCAGUCUUCAUUGACCGGAGACUAAAUACUUGCCAAAAGGAUGAUUACAGGUGUUUAACGUAACAGAGCAUGUUAUAGGACAUCCCAAGGAUUCAUAAGAAGACACCAGAUAUGCCAUGGGAAUUCAAUCAUACAUGCUCUCCUACCUCAUGUAAUAAGAAUAUUACUGGGAAGCUUAUGUAAUUUGUAUAACAUGUAGCAUAGAAUCAAGUUCAUUUUUCUAUGUAGUUUAUAAUCUAAUGUUUCUAAAUUAUUUAUUUAUUUAUUUAUUUUUUUUUUUUUAAGAAUAAUCAUGGGUUCUUAGAAGCAAUGUAUGCUAACAAUAUAAUGUUACAACUGAUGAAAAAAAAAUAAAAACUUAUUUUACCAUUCACGUCA